GAGAGGGCCCGUUCCCUGCUGUGUUGGAUCUGUACACUUUUGGUGGAGGUUUGUCGGAGAAAAGGGCCUCUCUGCUGGCCAGCCACGGAUUUGUGGUUCUGACUGUAGCGCUGUACGGCCACGAUGACAUGGCGAAGAACAUCAAAGAGGUCCAUCUGGAUUAUUUUGAAGAAGCAAUAGCGUUUUUAAAGAAACAAGAUAAGGUUGGCAGUAAAGCAGUCGGUGUAAUAUCCAUUUCUAAAAGUGGAGAUCUUGCCCUAUCAAUAGCCUCUAACCUGCCAGAUGUUGGAGUCACGGUGUGGAUCAAUGGCUGCUCUGCCAACACCAUGUUACCCCUCUACUACAAUAAGAGCCAGAUCCUCCCUGCGUUAAUGUUUGACCUGAGCAGGAUGAUUCCCACAGACUCAGGGGCCUUUAACUGCAAAUAUGUGAUGCAAAAUCCGCUGGCAGAGGAGAACAAAGCCACGCUGAUCCCCAUCGAACGAGCCGAGGGACGCUUCCUCUUCGUGGCUUCGGAGGACGACCUCAACUGGGACAGCAAGGCCUACGUGGAGAACAUGGUGGAGCGACUGCAGCGACACGGGAAGGACAACUAUGAGAGUGUGUGUUACCCCGGAGCGGGACAUUACCUGGAGCCUCCGUACGGGCCCUACUGCCCCUCCAGUUUCCAUGGGGUUGUAGGCAAGCCGGUCCUGUGGGGGGGGGAAGCAGCGUCCCACGCAGCAGCUGAAGUCCACCUGUGGAGAAAGAUCCAGGAGUUUCUCAGGACUCACCUGAGCUGUGAUGCUCCGCAGACUAAAGCCAGAUUAUAGACAGAAAUAUCCUCAUAUGAUAGAUAAACACAAGGAUAACUGUAAAUAAUUGUAUAGCGAAUCAUGUCAUGUUUGAUUUAAUGCUUAAUUUGUUGCCUUAAGGCCCUGACACACCAGGCAGUCACCAGAGAACUCGGCGUCGGCGUUCUCCUUGGCCAUGUGUCGCACUUGA